CCCUUCCAUUCUCAACUUCCUCACUGGUCAGAAUUCCAAGCCUCUACACACAAAAUAGCCCGGGGAGAGAGAGACUCGGAACUAGACAAAAAUGGUGCGUAGAAACGCUGUGAUCUUUCUUUCUUUGAUCUGCAUUGUUAUUGCUGGUGUUAGUGGUCAAGCACCAGCAACAUCACCAACAGCAACACCAGCACCACCUACGGCAACAACACCAACUACUUCUCCUCCACCGGCAACCUCCACUCCUCCACCAGUCUCAGCCCCACCUCCAGUCACCCAAUCCCCACCUCCAGCUACACCUCCUCCGGUCUCAGCCCCACCACCAGCCUCCCCUCCUCCCGCCACACCACCCCCAGCAACACCUCCUCCCGCCACACCACCACCAGCAACACCUCCUCCCGCCACACCACCACCAGCAACCCCUCCUCCAGCUGUUCCUCCACCAGCUCCCUUGGCUGCUCCGCCAGCUCUUGUUCCAGCUCCAGCUCCCAGCAAGUCUAAGCUGAAGGCUCCAGCUCCAUCUCCCUUGGCAUCGAGUCCUCCAGCUCCACCAACCGGUGCUCCUGCUCCAAGUUUGGGUGCUGCUUCUCCUGGACCCGUAGGAACCGAUUUGAGCGGAGCGGAGAAGAUGUGGUCAUUGCAGAAGAUGGUCGUGAGCUUGGCCCUCGGAUCAGCUUUCUGGUUGCUGCUCUAGACAAGUCAUCUCUUUGUCUCAGUUCUUCGUCUCCCUCCUAUUAUUAUUAUUUUUAUUUCCAGCGGUCGUCUACAUAUAUUAUUUUGCUGCCAUUUUAGCCCCUGCACGGUGAUGAGCCGUUUAAUCGCCUGUGCUGAGCUACAUGUUAUACAUUCGGUUGGAUUCUUUGGGUAGAUUUUUUGGGGGAAGCUUUUGCAUCGGAGGGGAGUUAUUUGUAUCUGGGAUCGUUGGUAGUCACCUCCUUCACUCAUUUAAAUUUCCCUGAUUAGUAUUCGCCUAUUCAUUUAUAUUUCAUUCCCUUCUUCUUUA